AGGACCUAUAGGGCCUAUUGAAGAAAAAGAAAAAAAAGAAAUUCUCGUACAUAUGAUAAUUCGUUUAUUUUUAUUUGAAAAUAAUUGAAAAAGGGGAGUGGUAAUCUUAAAUUGGUUACAGCCUAGCCUACUUGUAUUUCGACUUUUUAUUUGUUUUAUAAACCUUACAGACUUAAGGCACCAUGGGUUCCGUGUUGCCCGCUGAAGCAUUGGUGCUGAAAUCUGGAUUUAAACAGAGUUUGUCUCUGUCUGAAAUAAUCACCUCCGACAUACUCCAUAGUUUUCUCUAUGGUAGAUGGAGGAACGUUCUUGGGGAACACCUUUUGGAGGAGAAGAUAAACGUAUGUCCCAAAACAGCCUUCACAGCAGAGGUCCUCGCGCAGUCAUUCUCUGGGGAAGUUCACAAACUAUCAAGUCUUGUGUUGCCAAGUGAAGUGAUAAUUGCCCAGAGCUCAAUCCCUGGCGAAGGCCUAGGAAUCUUCUCGAAGACCUGGAUCAAAGCUGGAACCGAGAUGGGGCCUUUCACUGGCCGUGUCAUCUCGCCCGAGCACCUGGAUCUCUUCAAGAACAACAAUCUCAUGUGGGAGGUGUUCAAUGAGGAUGGUACCGUGCGAUACUUCAUUGAUGCCAGUCAGGAGGAUCACCGCAGUUGGAUGACCUAUAUCAAAUGCGCCCGCAACGAGCAGGAGCAGAAUCUGGAAGUGGUCCAGAUUGGCAGCAGUAUCUUUUACAAAGCUAUGGAGACCAUUCCCCCUGACCAGGAGCUUCUAGUGUGGUAUGGAAACUCCCAUAACACAUUCUUGGGGAUUCCCGGAGUUCCAGGAAUGGAGGAGGACCAGCAGAAAAAGAGCAAAACCGGUAGAGUUGAGCCUGACUAUUCUCUGUCGCCCUCUCAAGAUGAGUUUCACAUUUGCGAUGGCUCCACCUCCUCAUCCUCCGCCCUGCCCACCACUGCCAGCCGGAUGCGCUGUGUCAUCUGCCACCGCGGCUUCAAUUCGCGCAGCAACCUGCGGUCUCACAUGCGCAUCCACACGCUGGACAAGCCCUUCGUGUGCCGCUUCUGCAAUCGCCGCUUCAGCCAGUCGUCAACCCUGCGCAACCACGUGCGUCUGCACACUGGCGAGCGGCCGUACAAGUGCCACGUGUGCCAGAGCGCUUACUCUCAGCUGGCCGGACUGCGCGCACACCAGAAGAGCGCCAGGCACCGGCCCAGCAGUACCGGGGGGGUGGUGGUGGGGAUCCACCAGGCGCACUCCCCCCCACCCCCCCAGAUGACCUCAAUGGCCCACCCCGCCUCUCUUGUCCACCACAUACCUACAAUGGUUCUGUGAAGAGACGAUCUUUCCAGUCACCGUACAUGCAUUCUAACAGACCCCUCGACAAUGUUGCUUUUCUAAAAGCUUGCACUUCUUGCACAUAUUAAAAUGUAAACGAACUGGCUGUGACAGGUGUCUUUGUGAGAUCGACAGGGAAAUUGACCUGAUCACGCAGAAUAUUUUGGUCCUCACAAUGUCUGUGGUGCAAAGCACAAAACCUGGUGUCGGUACUGGCAUUAGGUUAAGUUAUUUUCAGAAAGUAAAACUAAGGCCGAUUUUGUCACUGUGACGUUUCUGUUUGCAUACAUAAAAUACGUAAGCAGUGUAUUGACUGGCCAUGUCGCGUCUUGUCACAUUGAAAGCAUAUAGAAAUCCAUUGAUUUUAUUACUGCAAAUGUUUUAUAUCUAUUGGUUAAGUUUGUCUUAUCGGGCAAGGGAUAAUACGCUGUCUAUUCAAUGAACGAAAGUCUUCUGUGAUUACUGCACAUUUUUAGAGGUACUGUAUCUGGGACUGGGAGGACAAUUCAGUUUAGUUUUAAUGAAUGCAGCUUUUUAACGUUUUAAGAUAGGUAUAUAUUUGUUUCAGUUGAACAAACAAGAUCUGGGGUUUGAAGGGCAUUCACAUUCUUAAAAUUGAUUCAUUGACAGCUUUGUGUAUUUUUUGUAGCAAAAAACUAUCUUUCGCAACCUUAAUGGUGGAAGGAGCAUUUCAACUGGUAAAUUUACAGGGCUUUUCAGACUGCCAGUCACAUUUUUAUAUCCCAGUCAGGGAUUAGAAUGAUUCAUGCCAUGUAAAUACAUUAUAUAAGAUGUAAAUAUAAUCAUAAGAUUUACUCUAUUUCCAGAAUAAUUGAACAGUCACUUUAUCUCUGUACAUGUAUGUAUUACUUAAUUUAAAUGAA